ACUUUACAAGUUCACAACAUUCCCUUUCGUGAUUUCAUAAUAUUAUAUUCCACUGAAACUUGAAAUAAAAUUACCAUAGUUUAAGGAAAAAUCGAACUAUAAUGGUAUUACUAAGCUUCACAAAGUCAAAAACGUGUUGUAAAAAGUCUUAAAAUAAUCUUCAGGGUUUGUUUUGAUGUGCGUGGUGUAGUGUAGGUUAGUUACGGAAGGAUGAAAGUCGACCGGUAUAUAAGUCCCCGCGCGAGCGGCGACAAGCUUAUUCCGAGCCAGCCUACGAUGGCGGAGGUUGCCAACGGCUCGCCACUCGACGACAACUGUUUGGUCGAUAUGGACGCUUGCUAUGAGACCUUCGACAAGGAUGGAGACGGCAAGCUGAACCUCCAAGAGUUCCGCGUCAUCUGCAAAGCCCUCUUCCGCAACGACAAGGGCCACAUCUACCCGCUGUCUGAGGAACGGGCGCGCCACAUCUUCCAGGUGUUCGACAAAAAUGGCGACGGCUUCAUCGACAAGGAGGAGUUCACGUUCUGCUGGAAUCAUUGGAUCAAAGUGAUCGUGCGGCCGGUGAGUGCUUUUCUCGUGGUGGACGUACAGAACGACUUCAUCUCGGGCACGCUGAACAUCAGCAAGUGCAACGCGCAGCAAGAUGGUAGCGAGGUUGUAGAGCCAAUUAACCGACUCCUGGACACCAUUCCGUUCGACUGUGUGUUCUAUUCCCUGGACUGGCACCCGCCGGACCACGUGUCCUUCAUCGACAACGUGCACCUUCGGGAACUUCACGUUUCCAGCCCUGUUUCAGCAGACAAAGCCGCUGCCCACGACACAGUAGUGUUCGCCGGGCCACCUCCGAUGCGGCAGAAGCUGUGGCCGCGACACUGCGUCCAGGAUACCUGGGGCGCUGAGCUACAUCCAGAUCUGAAGGUGGUAGAUGGAGCCGUGAAGGUGUACAAGGGCACCAACCCCGAGGUGGACUCAUACUCCGUAUUCUGGGACAACAAGAAGCUGAGCGACACCACUCUCUCGCACGAGCUGCGCGCGCGCGGCGCCACCGACAUCUACAUCUGCGGGCUCGCAUACGACGUGUGCGUGGGCGCAACAAUCGCAGACGCGCUCGCGAUCGGCUACCGCGCCAUCCUGAUAGACGACGCGUCCCGCGGCGUAGACCUCGCUGACAUCGAGAAAACUAAGAACACCAUCAUCAACAAUAACGGUGUCAUCGUCAAUACAGACCAGGUGGCAGCAAUGGUAGACGGUCGCGACCGACGGCCCGAACUGGGAUACAAGCUCGCCAUGGAACUAAAAUCCGCGCUGCACGACCAGCCGCAACAAUGAACCUUACGCGCACCGCACAGAGUCCACUUUACACCUACUAAUGUUUAGGUUAGGUUACGUUGUUUAGAUGUGAUCCUGUCAUUUAGUUUUGCACCUUAUUUGUUUGGAAUAAGCUUAAUUAUGGUUUGCUUUAUCGGA